ACUCAAGUUGAGAAAUGAACGACUCUUUUCAGUAAGUGAUUCAGUUCAGUUCGUUCACCCAGAUGAUUCAUUCGUUUUGUACGAAUCGUUCAUGUGCCGCACAUCAUUACAACAUACCACGUAGCAGUGGAAGUAGUGGGGCCUCCUGUUUCCCAGGCACCCCACUUUCUCUCUCCUCUCCCCAGAAAACAGUCUAGCUGACGUGGAAGGUUGCUCAUUUUAUCCAGAAAGAAAAGGACAUAACUUUAAAGCUUAUUUUAAGUUAGAUUAGCUACUCAGAGAGGAAUUAAGUAGCUAUGACUUACCGCCUGUUUGAAGGCAAAGAUCAUGCUUCUUCCUACUGGAAAUACAGGAUCUCUCCAUCUGAUCAUCUCAUACAACAGGUGAUUGACUUCCUGGAAAAACAGAAAGGGGGUCCCUAUGAGUUGGCUGUGGAUGUGGGUUGCGGCUCAGGACAGGGCACAGUGCUGCUGUCCAAACACUUUGCCUCCGUGGUGGGGACUGACGUUAGUCCCGCCCAGAUAGAAAUGGCAUUGCAGCAUGCCAAGGAACCAAAUGUUACAUAUCGACAUUGUGUGGCAGAGGAGCUGCCAUUUGCUGACGGCUCAGUGGAUUUGAUGACAGCCAUGUCUGCCUUCCACUGGUUUGACCGACCACGCUUUCUCAAGGAGGCCCACAGAGUCCUGAAGCCCCGUGGCUGCUUGGCGCUGCUUAACUACACCAUUGACAUGGAGCUCAGCCACCCUGACUGCUGCUCACAGACACUCAACGAUGUCUGCAAAGAGUUUUAUGAAGCCCUGAAACCUUACCGCAGUCCUCACCUUGGAGUCAGCUCUAUUGAGUUAUACAGAGAGGCCUACAACUCAAUCCCUUACCCUGACAAGGAGUGGCAGGAGUGUGUGUGGGUGAAAAGGCCCGUGCCUCUCUCCAGCUACAUGGGGCUGGUAGAGUCGUUCUCCAGUUAUCAGCGUCUGCUGAGAGAAGACCCACAGAAAGCCACCGAGCUCUCCAGGGACAUCUGUCAAAAGUUGAUGUCGGUGAUGAGGGUGACCUCUGAGGACACAGAGGUGGUGUUGGCUGUGAAGUAUUUCUACCUUCUGGCCAGCAAACCACAGGAAGCCUGACUCAUUGUUUGUUUGUAUUUAAACUAAAUAACAAGACAAAGUAGUGCUAUGGAUGUCUGUUACUGUACUUAUGUAGAAAUUUUAACUCUGUUUUGCCACUAAAUACCAGUUUUGAAAAAGAGAAAAGACAAACUCUGACAUUUUGGAAAGUACUGUUAUUUACUUUUUUUAUUGAGAGAGAGAGAGAGAGGGGGGGGGGAGAGAUCUGAGAAUAUGGAAGGUACCAUUUCUGUAUGGAGCUGCUCGUGCCAGAUAUCACUACUGUAAAUACUAAAAUUGGUGGGUAACAGCUCCUGCUCAAACUGUCUGCCUGACAUUUAGUUUUUUAAACUUUAACUAAAUCAUACCAGUUUAAAAACUGACCGUGCUCUUUUUUAAGCCAAGCAAGGGUAUCUGUAUGAGUGCUGCUAUCUGGCCUCUGAGCCCAGCUAGCAAUACAAACAUUCAAGUGACAUCAUGAUUUUCUAACGAUUGGCAAAAACGCUGUCCAUAAAUAUCAAACUAUUUUUCAAUAGUUUUCACCAAAAGGUGGUUGGUGUUGGAAAGUUGUCAUAAUGAUAGACUGAUACUAUGAUAAUAAAAUGUUUACCAUUAAUAUCUAC